CCAACACUGAAUCAGCCGUUGCAACAGGUGGGGCCUGGCUAGUUCAAAUGAAGCAGACAGUAAAAAUCAGAAUUCAAAAUUUCAAAAGCAUUUUUGUUGGUCAGAAACUGAAACUUUUCCUUUACAAAACACCAAUGUAGGUUGAUGCCACAUGGCAAAACUUACUAAAAGGAACACGAAUCUCAUGAGUCCAGGCCUUAUUGUCGAAGCAUGAGAGUUUAAAACUUUCUUUCACUAUCUUCCUGUAUCAACUAGUUGUGUUGAGCUGCUAAACAGGAACAAAUGUCUGUUUAGGCCUAUUAUUUAGAUUUUUUUGUCAAUACCAGUAAGUAAUGUAAUGCAUCUAAAAUUCUUAUAUUUUAGGUGGUGCAUUUGCAGCUGCUCAUAGGAAGUUGGACUUUUAGAUGCUACAUCCUUGAGCUACCAGGAGAGGGUGGUGAUACCUCAACAAUCCACCACUUUCUGCGCUGGCGUUCUUCAUCUGAAGUUUGAUUCCAUGUGUCUACAGCAUGAAUUAUUAUUUAAAGCCUUUGGUUUUUAUUCUAUUAGGACGUUUAACAUGGACCAUGUUUUUUUCAGGUGAUGAUAAACUAUGUUUGAAUUAAAAUGAUGAUUAGGAUGAUUUAUUAAAAUAAAUACAUUUUCUAAGUUGGGGACUCCAAAGCAUUUUAGAGAACAAUCAUUCAUACCCCUGCUGAUGGUAAUAAACUACAGCUGCCUUUGGGACAACUACCAACUGUCCCUCUGACCUCCAUCAUUAAGCAUGAAGGGGGAAGCGUUUUGCUCAAGGACACAAUGACUAAUAUGAAUGGAGCCUGGGCUCGAACCAGAAACACACCGAUCACAGGGUAAACUCCUAAACCCUGAGCCUCAACCCUCACAUGUUCUGCACAAAUGUCCCAUAUGUAAAACCCUCCACAAAACAAUAAUUUUACACAUAACUCAUAUCCAACGGUCCAAUCAGAUUGGUUAUAUGUGAUUAUGUAAUGAAAAUGUGAUUGUUGCCAUAGAAACCACAAGAAUAAGUCUUGCUUAACCCUAGUGGCUUUUGCCCAUCAGGGUCCAUGAGGAUGAAAAUGCGACGAGUAAUAACCGGGCUUCUUUUCAUCGGGCUCUUCUUGGCAUGUGACAGAGCGGAGAAGGACGCUCCUCUCUGUCAGAUUCUGGGGAGUCCAGAGCUUCCUCUGCUGUCUAAAGCAGGAGAUGUGGUGGUCGGGGGUGCUUUCUCUAUUCACAGCAAAAUCACACAACCUCCACUUUCCUUUAGAGAGAAACCAGCACCUCUAACUUGUUCCAGCGUCAACCUAAGGGAGUUCAGAUUUGCACAGACGAUGAUUUUUGCUAUUGAGGAAAUCAAUAAAAGUGCAUUUCUUCUUCCUAAUGUUUCUAUUGGAUAUCGGAUUUAUGACAACUGUGGCUCAACAUUAUCCUCAAUGCAUUCCGCAAUGGCUCUGUUGAACGGUGAUGAGUGGACAAUGGGACAGAGUUGCUCUGGCCAAGCAGCUGUCCAUGCUAUCAUUGGGGAAUCUGAAUCUUCCUCAACCAUUGUGCUUUCACGCACUACUGGACCAUUUAAAAUACCAGUGAUCAGUCAUUCAGCAACGUGCGAGUGUUUGAGCAACAGGAAGGAAUAUCCUUCUUUCUUUCGAACCAUUGCCAGUGACCUCUAUCAAAGCCGUGCCCUCGCCCAAAUGGUCAAACACUUUGGCUGGACGUGGGUCGGGGCAGUCAACAGUGACAGUGACUAUGGCAACAAUGGCAUGGCCAUCUUCCUGGCUGCUGCCCAGGAGGAAGGAGUGUGUGUGGAAUAUACAGAGAAAUUUAGCCGACACGAACCAGAAAAACUCCUGAAAGUGGUGGAAGUGAUCCUAAAGAGCACUGCUCGGGUGAUUGUCUGCUUCCUGGCUCACGUGGAAAUGAACAAUCUGUUAGAGCAGCUGAGUCGGCUCAACAUCACGGGCCGACAGUUCAUUGGUGUGGAGGCCUGGAUUACCGCUGACAGCCUUGUUACUCCUACAAGCUUUAAUGUGCUGGGAGGCUCACUGGGCUUUGCUGUGCAAAAAGUUAAUAUUAGUGGUCUGGAGGAUUUUUUAGUUAAAGACUUCUGGGAAUCAGACCUCCAAUGCAAUGAGAUGAAUACGGACAGUAUGAUAAAAAUAUGCAAAGAAAACCAGGACUUACUUGAGUUUAGAGGUUAUAAUGAGGAUGUGGCAGAGCUGAGAUACUCUAGUAACAUCUAUAAUGCCAUCUUUGCUGUGGCUCACUCUCUGCACAGCAUCCUGAGAUGCUCAGAAAGUCAGGACUGUGAGAAAACACUGGUGGUCAAGCCUUGGGAGGUAGUUGAGGCUCUACAGCAGGUGAAUUUUACAAUGAAUAAUGGAGACCAGGUGUGGUUUGAUCACACAGGAGCAGCUGUUGCGAAGUAUGAAGUGGUGAACUGGCAGCGUGGAUCAGAUGGAUUGAUUCAGUUUAAACCGGUUGGUUACUAUGAUGCUUCUCUGCCUUCUGGACAGAUGUUUGUUCUGAAUACAGAAGCUAUAACGUGGCCUGGAGGAAGCAAGGAGUUGCCUGCUUCAGUGUGCAGUGAAAGCUGUCGACCAGGAACUCAUAAAGUCCUUCAAAAGGGAAAACCCAUCUGCUGCUAUGACUGUAUAACAUGUCCUGUUGGGGAAAUUAGCAACUCAACAGAUUCUAAUGACUGCAAAAAGUGUCCUGAAGCAUUUUGGUCCAAUCAGAACAGAGAUGCAUGUGUACUCAAACUUAUUGAGUUCCUCUCAUUCAGUGAGGUCAUGGCUAAAAUCCUUGUGUUUUUCACCUUGUUUGGUUUGCUCCUGACCUUCAUGGUAGCUGCUCUGUUUUUAAUCAAUAAAGAGACACCGUUGGUGAAAGCCAACAACUCAGAGCUGAGCUUCCUGCUGCUCUUCUCCUUGUCUUUGUGUUUUUUAUGCUCUCUGACCUUCAUCGGCCAGCCCACAGAGUGGUCCUGCAUGCUGCGUCACACGGCGUUUGGCAUCACCUUUGUCCUCUGCAUUUCCUGUAUUCUCGGGAAAACCAUGGUGGUUUUAAUGGCUUUUAGAGCAACGCUUCCAGGCAGCAAUGUGAUGAAAUGGUUUGGGCCUGCACAGCAGAGACUCACUGUUUUGUUCUUCCCCUUCAUACAGCUCAUAAUUUGCACCCUAUGGUUGAGGAUAAACCCCCCUUUUCCUUUUAAAAAUGGGAGUUACUAUUUGGAGAAGAUAAUUCUGGAAUGUGCUCUGGGGUCAACUGUCGGCUUCUGGGCUGUCUUAGGAUUUAUUGGAUUUCUUGCUUUGUUGUGCUUUGUUCUUGCUUUUCUGGCCAGAAAGUUGCCAGACAGCUUCAACGAAGCCAAAUAUAUCACUUUUAGCAUGUUGAUCUUCUGUGCAGUGUGGCUCACCUUCAUCCCAGCAUAUGUCAGCUCUCCUGGGAAGUUUACUGUUGCCGUGGAGAUUUUUGCUAUUCUGGCAUCAAGUUAUGGAAUACUGUUUUGUAUAUUUGCACCAAAAUGCUUCAUUCUUGUAUUUAAACCUGAAAUGAACACAAGAAAGCACAUGCUUGGAAAAACAUAACCUUACCUUUAUUUGAAAU